AUGGAGCAACAGCUCCCGAGUGAGCCGAACCCGAGAACUCCCUUCUCCGGCGAGGCAGGACAACAGAUCCCACUAUUGAAUACCGCCGAUUCAAAGAACGAAAACACAAGUAGUCCAGAGAUGGACGGUAUGACGCUUUCGGGCCCAAUGGACACUCCGAUGGGAAAUACUCCUAAUUCAGGACCAGGAAUGGCGCUCGGGGGUGCUGCAGGGAUACAACAGCCAAAGGUCCAGACGGCGUUCAUCCACAAACUUUACAAUAUGCUCGAGGACGCCAAUAUUCAGCACUUGAUCUCCUGGUCGCCUUCGAAUGAUAGUUUUGUAGUACAGCCUACAGGAGAGUUUUCGAAAGUUUUAAGCCAAUAUUUUAAGCAUACCAACAUAUCAUCAUUUGUCCGCCAACUCAACAUGUAUGGUUUUCACAAAGUCAACGACGUGUUCCAUACUGGUUCUCCGGAUUCAACAUUAUGGGAAUUCAAACAUGGCAACGGAAGUUUUAAACGUGGGGAUCUAGUUGGCCUGAGAGACAUAAAGCGACGGGCUUCGAGGCACGCUCUAAUACACCGGGAUUCGUUCCCUGGAUCAAAAAGCGCUGGCCCAUCAGUGCCUGGAACCCCUAAUGAACAAAUGGGAGAUUCUAUAGAAAACCGAAUGUCGGUGUUUGAGCACACGAUAAAUGAUAUCGCAUUCAGGCUUAGCCGGACAGAAGAAGCCAAUGCCAUGCUUUCCAAUCGCUGCCAAACUGCGAUCGAGGGGCUUACGAGAUGUCAUCAGUGGACAAUUGACCUAUCGCAAUUCAUGACGAAUUUGUUUCCUUCUGAUGCGCCAAUUUUACGUGAAAUUAACUCCAUGCAAAAGGAGAUUGAACGCCAUACUCAGCUCUUGGAGGAACCGCAAGAUCUGAUGCUUCGUGACCGGCAGCCUAUGUUCGCAUCAUCAUUAGGUAUGGAUAAUUCCGCGCCUCUGUCGCCGAGGCAAAGACCCCUAGACGACGAGUCCCGAAGGUCUUCUAUAACCGGCCCACUACGACCGGGCGGCUACUUCCGGACCCCGGCACCACCACACAUACCGAACCCGCCCAGACGGUUUGCUUCCGGGGCCCUGGCAGGGUCGUCCUCUCCGAACUCACUUCGACCUCAACAGCCCCCUCAGCCCCCGCAGCAGCACCCACUCGCCAAUUUUCAAUCACCGCCCAGUCAUUUGUCACGGCGCCACACUUCGGCGGAUAUCCGACUCCAGGGCUGGCAGGCAAAUUCGCCUUUCAGCGGUCUUCCUCAGAGCGGUGGUCCAGGUCAUCAAUGGCCACCCUCACCAAAUAGGCACCCUCACCCCCAGCAUGACAACACAAGAGAAAUACUGGCAAACUAUGAAAUCCAACAGCAUAGGCCACCUAUCUUCUCUUCACAAACCACGCCGCCACUCAGCGAGACCACAUCCACUAACGGCGUCCAAGACAGUGGAUGGAACUUCAGUGGUCCGCCAAAGUUUAACCCACGAGAAGCAGCCCACACGGCACCUCCAACUAGGCGCUCAAGCCUUGCAUCCAGCAGUGUACAUGCUUUGCUGAACCCCACAGACAACUCCUCCGGUGAUAACGAUAGAGAUCGGAGGGAGGGAAUGUCCGACGGUGAACCAGAAGAUAGGAACAAGCGGAAAAGAAUCCAAUAA